GGCUGGUGGGAACGGCGUACCGCAUCGUGCUGCUGCAGCCCAGCUCGGCCCUCGCCGCCCUGCAGAUGGCCGCCAGCGACAGCGUCACCAUGGCCACCCUCGGAGCUGUGUUCGGCCUCACUACCUGCCUCAGUGCCCAAGUGCGAGAGGAGACGGAGAGUCCCUUGGACUAUUUCAUCGGAGGUUGUGCCACAGGAGCUGUCUUGGGCGCGAGAGCGCACAGCUACAUGACGGGUACCACGGCGUGUUUGGGGUUCGGAAUUACGGCUGCUCUGAUGAAGAUCGGUAACAAGGAGGGCUGGAGGCUGGCGGGCCCUCCCAAGCUGUGA